AUGGCCCCCCUCACCCCGCACUGGCAGCAGCCCUCUCACCCUGCCGUUCAGGAAGUCGUCAUCAACGAGCAAGAGUUCACCACCAAGAGCUACUCCAAGGUGACACUGCCGCCGUUUGCUGUCUUUGCGAAGCUCUCCUUCCCGCCUUGCACUGUUGCCGACGAGCCGACGUACGCCACCGUGCAGAUGGGCCGGCAUAGCCAUUUUAAUCUGAAUAGCGAUUUGCUGUAUAUCAAUCACUCUUGUGAACCGUCCCUUAUAUUUGACACUGGGAACAUGAACGUCCUCGUCGGACCAAAGGGCCUCAAGCCCGGCGACGAACUCACUUUCUUCUACCCCUCCACGGAAUGGCACAUGAACCAGCCAUUCACCUGCCUCUGCGGCCAUCCCACCUGCCGCGGCACCAUCUCCGGCGCAAAGGACAUGACGCCGCAACAGCUCCAUGGCGUGUGGCUCAGCGGCCAUAUCCGUGAUCUGCUCGACGAUAGGAACUGCUCCACCAACUGCGGCCACGAGUCGGAUGCCACGGCGCGGGCGUUGAAGGAAGCUGUCCUGCAGGCUGAAAAGGUCGUCGAAGCAGCCCGUCUUGCGAUGCGUACGUACGCGGGUGUUUCGCAGAAGAGCGGCGUGGCCGCUAUAAAUAGCGCCAAGAAUAAUGGGUUCGCAGCCCGAGAGGAUAUUGAUGUAGCAGAGGGCUUGAGUAGACGCGGUCCGACAUCAAGGGAGUUGAGUGGCGAGAUGGGUGGUGAUACUGUCCGUGUGUAA